AUGGCCGGGGGCCGGGGGUGCUGCCGCCGCCCGGCCCUGCCCGCAGCCUUGCCCGCAGCUCUGGGGCUCUGCCUGUCCCUCUGCCUGCUGCUGCCGCUGCCCGCCGCCGCCUGGAGCCCGGCCCUUCUGCCGCCCGCCGCCCGCAGGUACCGGCACCGGGGACGCGGGGAUGCGGCCAUCGGGCACUGGGCAUCGCCUGCUGGGGUUACCGGGGUCUGUGGGUACCGGGGGGCACCAGGCACCGGCAGCUGCGGAAGAGCCGGCGACAUCGGUGGUUUCCCUUCCAGCAAGUGGUGCUCCUACACGGUGACACGGACGGUGUCAUGCCAUGUCCAGAACGGGACUUUCCUCCAGAGGGUCUUCCAGGGCUGCCGCUGGCCCCUGGCCUGCAGCGGGGGCAGCUACCGUGCCGUGAUCCGGCCCCUCUACAGGGUGACCUACAGGACCCUGACGGCGCUGGAAUGGCGCUGCUGCCCUGGACACGCUGGAGCCAACUGCGAGGAAGAGGCUCACACCUUCCUCACCCUGCGGGAUCCCGGGCGCCCCAGCACAGCCCUGCGCCGGCCCUCCCUGCACCCCACGGCCUUCUCAGGGUGCCUGAACUGCAGCCGUGUCGGGGAGCUGACAGCCCGGCUCGCCACCCUCGAGGCACAGGUGGCCCGGCUGGUGGUGGCCGAGCCCCCCACCCCAGCAGCACCCAAAGGCAGCAUCCUGGGCAGGGGUCCCGAGGCCGGGCAGCUCUGGGGGUCCCCAGCCGCACGCGGGAGCCCCGGGGAUGACGGUAAGGCAGGGUGACAGGGACCCCCUGGUCCUAAGGGCGACGUUGGAGGACGGGGACCCUCGGGAAUUCCUGGAGGGAAGGGUCCAGUGGGGCCACCAGGUCCCCCUGGCCCCCCAGGACCACCCGGCCGGGAUGGAGCCAGGGGGCUCCCUGGAGAGAAGGGGUUACCCGGCCCCCCCGGCCCCCCGGGCCCCCCUGCCCCUGUGGGGCCAGUGAUUCCCCGACUGGAUGAGCCCAGGGACCCUAUCCUCUCCAACACCUUCACCGAAGCCACCAGGAGUACCAUGGGUCCCAUGGGACCUCCCGGACCUGUGGGGCCAAUGGGUCCCCCUGGCCCCCCAGGUCCCACUGGUCCCCCUGGGCCCCCAGGACCCGAUGGCAGAGCAGGAGCGCCCGGAGCUGCUGGGCCCCCCGGGGAGAAGGGGGACAGGGGUCCCCAGGGCCACCCAGGCAGCCGCGGGCAGGACGGGGCACAGGGCGAGCCGGGUCCCCGGGGUGAGCCGGGCGAGAGGGGCACGUGGGCCAGUAGCUUCCAAACCCUCCUGCGGCAGCAGGCCCGGCUGGAGGUCCUGGCUAGAAGGGUCACCUUGCUGGAAGCCAUCAUCUGGCCAGAGCCAGAGCCCGGCUCGGGCAGCGGUGCCUCCGGCACGGUAACCCCCGGGGUGCCCCGUGACAAACGUGGCAGUGGCCAGCGCCCCUAUCGCAUCGUCACCCGCCCCCACCGGCCCCCCCCACAGCCGUGA